AUGGUUCCCGCUGCUACCCGCGUCGCUGCCCGGAGGCCCUUCUCCGUCAUGAUGUCUCUGCGCACCGCCGCGCGGUCCUUCGAGGCCCAUCCCUUCCAGCGCCUCAGCCUCUCCCAGAAGCCCGCCAAGGCUGACUGGAACAACGAGGUCAAGCGCGUGGGCAAGCAGGCCGUCCUCUUCUUCCCCGGCAUUGCGAUGCUCCUGGGCUGGCCCAUGGCUGCCAAGCGGGUCUUUGAUGGCCACAUCUAA